AUGCGCGGCGAGGCCAGCAAUGACGGCGGUGGCGGGGAUACCCAAGUCCUGGACGGCGGGACACCUCCGUUAGGUUCUCCAUCGAGUGAUGGGGAUGGGACACAGCGCGAGGCAGAUGAUUGGACCCUGUACGACGAAACACAGCCUCUGGAUGAUGCCGAGACCCAGUUAGUAGACGAGGUGGUGGAGAAGGAGGAGGGUGUGGCUGGCGAUUGGACGGAGACACAGUUGGUGGAGAGUGGCGAUGAGGAUGGUGGUGAUGACGGUGACCAAGUGAAGACGCAGCAGGAGGUGGAAGAUGGGAAAGGGGGUGAUGUCGGUGGUGGCGCUGAGGAUAAUGCCGGUAAUUGUACUAAGACCCAGUCGGAUGAAGAAUGUGAGGUGGAUGUAGUGAACACCGUUGUUGGAGACAUGGUUGAGACCCAGUUGGUUGAGGAAUCUGAGGAUGAUGAUGAUGACAACGAUGGAUUAAAUGGCGAUGAUGAACAUGAUCUUGGUGAGUGGGGGAAGACCCAGUUGGUUGAAGACUCUGAUGAAGACAUAGGUGACGAUGGGUUGAGCGAUGGCACUGUUGUCCUAAGUGACAAUGAGAGCUUGUCAGGGGAUGAGAGGGGUGUGAAGUCAGGAAUGAACAAAAGGGAUGCGAAGUUGGGAAUGGAAGGAAGUAUUGAGGGGUUAAAUGGAGGGAUUAAGAAGCAUGAUGAUAAAAAUAAUUUGGUGGAUUCUGAUGCAUCGACAGAUGAGGAGGGUGACACAGGUUCAGGUCACCUUCAGAUGAAAUUACCUUCUGUUUGUGUUGCAUCAGUACGGACAUGUGGAAUUUCUGAACCUCGGGACACUAUGUCUGUGAACUGUAUGAAGCAAGGGAAACAAAAGGCCUCAUCCAAUGCAAUACAUCCCCUGCCGAAAAUUGUAGAUGAAUCUACUUUGUGUAGCACCUCCUUUGGUGGGGUUGAUAACGACUCCCAUGGUUAUGUACAGAACCAUGAUAAAGGUGGAGGUAAAAGCAGAGAUAAGUGCUCAACAGCAAAAAAGCUUUUUGCUGACACAGCUGCUGAGGAUAGUGAAAACAACAGCAGAUGUCUUGCUGGAUUAAGCUAUGUUGGAUCACAGGAGCCUGGUGAUCUGUCACAAGCAAAUGCUUUUGAUGUUGUGGACAGGUUGAUUUCAAUCAACGGUGGAUUAUCAUCUCAAGAAAACACCCCAAAUAAAUUGGAAAAAGAAAAGCCACGUGUUUCAAGUAAGAGGGGGACUUUAAUGUUGGCUGAGAAGGUUGACCUUGGUAGAAGUUCCAAUAGGAAGGCAGAAAUAUUUGAAUUUGUGGAUAGCCGUGAAGAUGAUGGAGGAGGUGACUUUUUCAGUAAAAACAAAGACAUCUUGUUGCCGAAACCAAUUGGUAGAGGAAAACCAAAGAGUCAUUCUACCAGAGCAAAGAAAUCUUCCACAAAAAAAUCACAGGAAGAAAAUAACAUGGGGGAAGCCAUGAACAAAAGAAAUACCAAACUACCUGGGAGGUUUGAAACAAUUCCUUUAUCAGAUUCAAGACUAUUCAGAAGUGAUGUAAAGAGUAAGCGGGCUUCUGGAAACAAGACUAAGAAAAACCUUUUGAAGGACUUAGAUGAUCUAUCAAAUGCCAAAUCAUUGGAAGAACAGGAAAAGGCUGAUGUAGCUUUGAAUGAUGUUGGUCCAGAUACUCAAAUGGCUGCUGAAGCUAUGGAGGCCCUGGUACAAUGUUCACCUGCUAAAAGUUUAUCUGCUGAAGGUCAACCUCUGUUCAAUAGAGAUAUGAGAGCUGAGAUGUCCAGAAUAACUAAAAGUCAUUCGAAGAAUGGUUCUCCUCAGAGAACUAGCAACAUCCAGAAAGGUGUCGCAACACGUUCUAAAAGAAGAAAAGUAACUGACUUCAGUACCAAACCUCAGAAAGAAAGACUAAGAGGAUCGAAGACGCAAGAAAGUUCUGAGCCUAUAGUAAAAGUGAAACAUAAGCAAACAAAGUAUGUACCAGAGAAGAGCAAAGUUUCAAAGAAAUUUAUCGAUGAAAAUAAGUACCAUGGGACACCUGUUGCUCACCGAACUAGGCAUUGUAGUAGGAAUGACCCUUCUGCAUUUAUCGAGUUAUCUAAUAAACACUUGAGGAGAGGCAAGAAAUUGACAGGUGACAGCUCCACUAUUGGGCAAGUGCAAAAUAACCACAUUGCAACCAAAUCUGGUUUGAGUUAUUUUGAAAAAGAAAGCACAGAGCAGACUUAUACAAAUAAUGAUCAAGAUCUUCAGCAAUCUAGGGAUGGAAGCGCACAACGGACCAGUGUAAAUAAUGUUCAAAACCUUGAAGCACACAGAGUUGAACCAACAACUGAUGUUACAUGCAGAGAUUCCCCAUCACACCCCAAACGGCAAAGAACACCUACAAAAAUGAUACAGUCAACCGCUGCAGCUGCUGCAAAUCAUGAAAUACCGUCAGAAGUGGCAAGACCAUGCAAGAAAAGGCGGAUUUUCAUAAGAAGUGUUUCUGACCUGCUAAAGUAUGCAAAGAGGGAACCUUCCCAUGGAAGAUCAGUUUCUAUGAUGUCCAACAUUAUAGAAAAGUCAUUAGCUGCUUCUCCUGUACUUAAUUCUUCUGUAAGAGAUGACAGGAAAACUUCUUCUGAUGUCAUUAGCUCUGCACAGAGACUGAAGGAAUCCUCCCAUGUUGAGGAUACAAGCAAAUCACCAAAAAACAAUCCUCAAGUUCCGAAUAGUGCCAUGAAAACACCUUCAAAAGUGGUUAAUGAAUUGUCACCUACUUUUAGUCCUGUGAAUCCGUCAAAAGGCUCAAGUAGAAGCUUGUCAAAAGCUUCUAUUGCGAGAGAAUUACUGAAGCUAGAUCCUGAAAAUGUGCUAUCAAAUCAGCAGAGAAAAGAUUCCAGAAGGAAGGAUAUGGCCAGUGUCAGUAUUUUAUUCAGCCAUCAUUUGGAUGACGAUGUUAUCAAACGUCAAAAGAAGAUCUUGGCGCGCUUAGGAGUUUGUGAAGCAUUUUCGAUGGCCGAUGCAACACACUUUGUUGCAGAUAGAUUUUGCCGCACAAAGAAUAUGCUAGAAGCAAUAACUCUUGGCAAGCCAGUAGUUACAUCAAUGUGGCUUGAAAAUUGUGGACAAGUAGGCUGUUUUAUUGAUGAGAGGAAGUAUAUUCUGAGGGAUGAAAAAAAGGAAAAGGAGAUAGGUUUCAGCAUGCCUAUAUCACUGACCUCAGCUUGCAAACAUCCUCUUCUGCUGGGAAAAAGAGUCUUUGUAACAUCAAAUGUGAAACCAAGUCAGGCAGUGGUGACUAGCUUGGUUAAAGCAUCAUCGGGGCAGCCACUAGAGAGGGUAGGACGAUCCAUAAUGAAGGAAAAGGAGGUACCUCCUGACCUACUGGUUAUCUCAUGUGAAGAAGACUAUGAAACUUGUGCACCACUACUCGAGAAAGGUGCUAGUGUUUUUAGCGUGGAGUUUCUACUAAACGGUAUAGUCAUUCAGAAACUGGAGUAUGAGAGGCACCGCCUUUUCAUGGACCGAGUCAAACAGACCCGCUCAUCACGGUGGUUGAAGGACACUGUGCAAGACCGGUUUGUCCCUGUACCCAAGCGCCCCCGUACCUAG